CGCCUUGGGGGAAGCCGUCACAAUGACGUCACUGUGAGGCGGUGGGCGGAGUCAAGAGAACAGCAGCGUGUCUCCAGAAACAUGAAACAUGGAUGAGGAGGUGGCGGAAAGUUGGGAGGAAGCUGCUGAAAACGGGGAAAUGGAAAAGCGGUUAGCGGAGAAGCUAAGGAUCAGCCAGAGAGAAAAAGAGUCCAGUAACCAUCUUUGUCCCCGCUCCCCACUGAGCAUGGCCAUGGUCAUCCAGGACGAUGCUCUGCCCUCAGCGCCGCCGCCUCAGAUCCGCAUCUUGAAACGGCCGACCAACAACGGCUCGCUGGCCUCGUCUCUGAGUCACAACCGACCCACGCCGCAGGUCAAGUCCUUGGCUCAGCGGGAGGCUGAGUACGCAGAGGCCAGGAAGAGGAUUUUAGGGAGCGCCUGCCCGGAAGAAACCGCUCAGGACAAGAACAGCACAGACAGAUCCGCUCGCAGCAACAACAACAGCAACAACAACAACAGCAGCAGCAGCAGCAGCAGCAGCACAAUGUCGACUUCAGACGAGGACGUGCGCGCCAACAAGCACACCGUGAGACCACCUAGCAGUCCCGAUGGCACACGAGGCUUCAGGCAGCACAGAUAAGUGCAAAGUGCAGGAAAUAACCUGACUCACUGUGACCGCCAACCCUUUAACAGGAAACGCCUCACUCCGCCUCUUCGCCCCGCCCACCAAAGACUAGCAAAUAGGAGGAGUGGGGGGCCAUAAAAAAACCACACCUCCCCCAGCAAUAAUAAUCAAGACAUCACUUUUUUUAUUUUAUUUUUUAUUUGUGCUUUUUAAUCUUUUUGGGACUUUUACGAGGAAUGCUGUUAUUUUUAUUGAGAUGAACUCCUGACAGCGACUCAUAAACCAACAGAACGAACCACUCUUAAAUCCGCUUCAUGCUUCAGUUCUCUUCCGAGACACUAGGGGCAGCGUUUCCCACUGACCUAUCGGACACAACAAAGACGUGAUUGGACGCAGGAAUAGCACUCCCUCCACUUUAAUACGUAAAACAUGCAUUUUUAUCUUUAGCCAAGUUACUAUUACAUUAGUUUUAUUUUCACUGUCACCGACGGUCACUUUUUAGCAGCUUUUCGACACACAAGACAAUGUCAGCAUUAUUUUUUAACCAAACAACAAAAAGUCUACCCAUUAAAACUUGAUUGAUUGUC